AUGAGCAACGCAGCUCCUGCCAAAUCCAAACACGAUGAUGAUGAUGAUGCCAGCAGCACCAUAACGCUAGCCGACUACAUCCUACACCGCCGUAAGUUGCCACACGUCGCGGGGGGGUGAAGCGUGAAGCGUGUCUUUCUUUUCUUGUUCCCCUCAACCCCUUGCCCUCGCCAUUCGCUCACUUGCUCCCCAUCCCCCAUCCCUUCCUCCGCCCACACCACACCACACCACACCACAGUCAGCUCUCUGGGAUGCAGCUCGAUACAAGGAGUGCCGGGCGACUUUAGCAUGCCUUUUUUGGAUGCUGUUUCGCAGCAUGCUUCUUUCGAGUGGGUUGGUAAUACGAACGAAUUGAAUGCUGCUUAUAGUGCGGAUGGAUAUGCUCGGUGUGCACAGAUCGAGUCGAGAUGUAGCGAUGAGGGGCAGGCAGCGGGAGGGGGAGGUGUUGAGCAGGAGCAGGAAGAGGAAGAGGAGGAGGAGAGCAAGUUGAGAGCGGCAACAUGCACACCUUUGGAGCCGACCAGCGGACGAGAAAAGAGUUCGAGUCGCAGUCCGAAUAGAAGACCGCGAGGGAGCAAGAUUGCCGCACUGUGCACCACGUUUGGCGUGGGCGAAUUGUCGGCGCUCAACGGCAUUGCCGGCUCUUACGCCGAGAGAUUGCCCGUGCUGCACAUCGUCGGCGUACCCUCGACGCAAGCGCAGUCCAACAGGGCCCUGCUGCACCACACGCUGGGCGAUGGCGACUUUGCAGCUUUUUCGCAAAUGUCCAAACACGUAUCUUGCGCCGCGGUGCAUUUGGGAGAGCUGCUCAUUGGAGAGGCACAAGAAGAGGCGGGAGAUGUGGAGUCAGAGUGCAGCAGCAGAGGCAAGAUGCUUGCAAAGGAGGUGGAUGCGUUGUUGGGUAGGGUGGUGAGGGAAGCCAGACCGGGUUACUUGGCCCUACCCACCGACCUGGUGCAUCUGCCCAUCCCCACCUCGCUUCUUCGCGCACCCCUCAACACAUCCCACGCGCCCAAUGAGGAAAAGGUGGAAGCGGAAGUGUUGCGAGAAAUCUUCAAGAGGUUGGAUGAGAGCAGCGAUCCCCUGAUCAUUGUGGACGCGUGCACCAUACGUCAUGCGGCCAUCAAUGCCACGCUGGACCUGGUGCAUCGCAGCGGCUGCACCUUUGUCAGCACGCCCAUGGGCAAGUCCGCCUUGCCAGAAUCAUCGCCUCAGUACGCCGGCACGUUUAUAGGUCCCAACUCUGAAGCCGCUGUGCUCAAAAGGGUGCAGAAAUCAGACUGCUACUUGUUCGUGGGUGCGCUCAGAAGCGACUUUAAUACCGCCAGCUCCUUCAACAACUUGACGGAUCAGGCCAAGACGAUUGAACUGCACAGCAAUAGGACGGUGCUGGGACAUGCAGUGUAUCCGCGCAUAUCCAUGCACGCCCUGCUCCCUCGUCUAGCCGAUCAUCUAUCUCCUCGAGCCAACGAAUUGCGCGCAUUGUACGGUCUAACGCAGCAAGAGAGACCUAGCAAUAGGCUUCCUAGCAAACUGCAAGAAGGCGAAAUGGCGGGACGGGAGGGAGAGAAUAUAAGCCAAAUGUGGCUUUGGAAACGCAUCGGUUCGUUUUUGAAAGAGGCGGAUCAAGUCGUUGCGGAGACCGGAACUAGCAGCUUUGGCAUUCUGGAUACGCACUUGCCUGGUGGGCGAACGCGACUUCACAGUCAGGUGAGUGGCCAAACCAUCCUUUCCCCCCCUCCUCCUGCGCCCACCUAGCCAUGCGUCUGCCCACCCCUCUUUCCUCUGCAUCAGAGAAUUGACCCGAAGUGACCUCUCUUUUUGUUUUUUCUCUUUCUCUUCUUUUGGACCGUUGGCAGGUCUUGUGGGGCUCCAUAGGCUGGUCUUUGCCCGCCACGCUAGGCGUAUCUCUAGCCGCGAGGGAGCUUCAUCUAGGUCGCACGCUGCUCUUCAUCGGCGACGGUUCGCUGCAACUGACAGCGACAGAGAUCAGCACCAUGAUUCGAUUAGACUUGCAUCCCAUCCUUUUCGUUUUGCGCAACGAUGGCUACGAGAUAGAGAGGCAGAUAGAAGGUCCGGAUCAGCCUUACAACAAUGUGCCUAGUUGGAACAAUGAGAAAUUGUUGCAGGCGAUGUACGAUCCCAAUGUUGGGCAGAGCAUGGGGGGAAAGGAAAAAGAGGCGCAAAAGAGCCAUGCGCACGAUAAGCAGGUGUCUUUGCCCAGAUACUUUGCAGUCAAGAGCAAAAAGGAACUGGACGACUUGCUGAAGGAUGAGGAGUUUGCUAGUUGCAAAGUGAGUGUUCCGCGGGGGUUAUCGUCGAAUGUCGCCACUGUCGAGUGCCGGAUAAAAAUCAAGCCAGCGAGUCAUUCUUUUUGCGAAAAAGAAAGCGCCCCGCCAAGCUCGUUCUGUUGCCCCCCGCACUCUUCUUACCCUUUCUCUUAUUUUUGCGCCUCCUAAUCUCCCCCCUGCCAUUUGUAGCGCUUGCAAUUGGUAGAGAUCUUUAUGCGCCGAGGCGAUGGUAAGUUAGCUUCAGCGCUUGCGACGUGCAAGUUCGACCUCUCGCUGAUUUCCUUUACGCUCAUCCCGUAGCUCCAAGAGCUCUAGUCGCUCAAGCCCAAGCUUCAGCAAAGCUCAAUUCGUAG